AUGGGUAUAUCAACAACUGGAUGUUCUGAAUCCUCUCAUGGUGAUUUGAAAAGUGUAUUUCAUUAUAUUGAGCAAGCAAUGUGUUCUCAACACCUAAAGGCAGCAAUAAGUACUGGUUCUUACAAACCAAUUAAGCUACUACAAAAAGUAGUAUCCAAAUCAAAUACUAAGCAAAGAUUACUUCAAAAUGAAUGUCAAGAUUUUGCUACAAAAAAAAAGAAAGACAAUAUCACAAAGCUUAAAGAUGAAACUAUUCAGCAAAUCUUCCAAAAUAUUUCAGCAUAUUUUAAUGUAAUAGAAGAUGACAAUUGUGGAUUCCAUACUGUUGCAAUAUCAAUUGAAAAAUCCGAAGAAUAUUGGCCUGAG